AUUCCACCCUACUAUUUAUUUUCUGCUGCUACUUGUUCCAGAUAUGUUCAGAUACCAGAGCCCUGGGGCUCGUUGUACAUACGAUGACUGAAUUUGAGGAUAUCCCACUUCGAAUCCUCUUUUUUUUUUUUUUUUCUUUCCGUUGCCUUGCUUUUACCCCCCAAUUACCGCCUAAAAGCUCCACUCGGUCGUUUCCUUUUACUUGGAUUCCCAACCCCACCCCCUUAUAUAAUUAUCUAAACCAACGUACGCGAGUUUAAAAAUUCAAAAUGGUUCUCGCAAUCUCUUAUACUCCAUUUUUAAUUGUUUUAAAGAAAAAAAGAGAGAAAAAUUACAGCCAAUAAAUACACCUCUGGGCACCCCAUUUCGAUCGUUUGCCCUGGGACUGCUAAUCAC